AUGCGACCUUGCCGGCAUUACUUUAGCCAGGAGGGAUGCAGGUAUGCUGAAAACUGCCGCUAUAGCCACGAUGAGUCCUUGCGCCAGCAGUUUGACGAGAAUGAUACUGAACAGCGGCACGUAGAUGCCAGCCGACCAUCUUACGAGUAUUGCGAAGAGGUUACCAUCCCGACGGAGAACCUUAAAUAUCUUAUUGGUAUUAAUGGAAAUACAUUACGGUCUAUCAAUGAAAAAUUCGGAACGUAUAACGAGCGUUUCUUAACUGUGGACGAUACCCAAGAAACUUUCACACUUAAGUUGUAUGGCAACUCGAAGGACGCGCUACAAAAAGCCUCUGAGGCGAUGCGGAACGUGGUAGGUGUGAAAAGCAAAGAGGAGCGGAAGAUUCGUUCCGAUUACGUUAUUAAUGAACUGGAUAUUAACACACGCGCCGUUAAGGUUCUGGCUGCGUGCAACAUUUUGAACAAGGGUACCCCUCGUCACCUCUCAGAGAAGAUUAUAAGAAACGUUGUAUCGACGGUUCGCUUUGUGCGCCCUCAGCGUCUGCUACACUUUUUCGUUUCUAGUACUAAUGGUGAUAGGGAGAAGCUUGAAGUUGUGAGUAAGAUUAUUUCUCAGCUCCAAGGAGUCCAAGCCAUUGUGUUUUGCGAACAAAAGCGCGUGGAAGCGUUCGCCAAUGUGGGCGGUGUUCAGCGCCUGACGAAGCAUUUUAAUGGCGUGAAGCCCAAGUUUCUGUAUCGUAGCAUGACGAAGGAAAUGCGAAUGAAGAAUCUGGAAGAGUUUAAGAAUGGUGUUGAAAAUGAAUUUGGUUUGAAGGAGCGGCUUCUUGUGACCAACGAGGACUACGCCAAACUUGCACGCAAGACGGUUAUUCCAUAUGUGAACCUUGUCAUUAACCUUAACGUCCCGCGCGAUGAAUUCUAUGUGAUACAAUCAUUGGUAGCCGGCCGCCAAGGCACUGUGGGGAUAUCCGUCCAGUUCGUCAGCCAACAGGAUGCAGCCAAAUUCAAUGAAGUAAGAAAGUUGGUACACUUUGAGGAAUUCACUAACGAGGAGGAUUUGCGUGAUGCUGUACUGCAGCUUUCCUAUGAUACCAAAGACCAUCCCCUGACGCCCCCAGAUGCCGAGCCACCAGCUGACUGGCGUGAACACUUGAAUGAUCCGAAGCCCAAGGGUUCUCAAUUUAAUCGACAUUAA